AUGGGAACCACCAACAACAUAGUUGCCCGGCUCCGGGCCUCCAUUGCUAGAACAACUAACCCAGCGAGUUUGACCCCCACCAGCAUCUUAUACGUCUCAGGGACGUACACCCGAGUCCUCGCAUCCCGAGGAGCAACACUCGCAUUGUGCGAUAUAAACGAUCACAACCUGCAGACGGCGGCUAAGCUCUGUACUGAGUCCGGCGCAAAAGCCGUACCAACCCGCGUAGUUGAUAUCCGAAACCCCAAAGAGGUGGAUGACUGGAUCGCAGAUAUCCUGAAAACAUACGGAAGGCUAGACGGCGCUGCCAAUAUCGCUGGUGUAUCACAGAGACCAGGUACUACGGGGCUCGUGGACUUGAAAGAUACCUCCGAUGAAUUCUGGGAAUUUGUACUGGGCGUCAAUGCAACGGGCACGAAGUCUAUCAGGGUUGAGUUGAACUAA